GAGAGGGAGCGUUUGCAGGCAAUGUAAUUGACAAGGCUUGCAGUGGUGAAAUAAACACGCUUCAGCCCGGGCGCAGCUUUUGGUGCACAAUUCAGACUCUUUUGACGCAUCGCACGUAACACGCAGAGACCUGAUUACAAUUACCUUCACCCGAUUAAUUAAUCCGUGUGAAAUUAUGUCCCGAUCGGCGCAGAUCCAGCCGGCAAGAUGAUGAUUUUACCAAGGAGAGGCUCAGAUCGUGUACCCGACUCGGUGGUCCUGGUGAUCCUCGCGGUUGCCGCUUCUCUUGGUUCGGUUUUCGCCAAGGAUACUGCCUUUGUGGAAGUGGUUCUGUUCGAGUCCAGUCCCAAUGGAGAUUAUACUACUUACACGACUGGCUUGCAGGGACGGUUCUCCAAAGCAGGAGCCACUAUCAGCGCGGAGGGGGAGAUCGUUCAAAUGCAUCCUUUGGGACUAUGUAACAAUAAUGAUGAGGAGGACCUGUAUGAGUAUGGCUGGGUCGGAGUGGUGAAGCUGGAGCAACCAGAGCUGGACCCCAGUUGUCUCACUGUGCUGGGAAAGGCGAAGAGAGCGGUGCAGCGGGGAGCCACAGCCGUCAUCUUUGACGUGUCGGAGAAUCCGGAUGCCAUCGACCAGCUCAACCAGGUUGCCGAGGAUCCUCUGAAGCGGCCAGUGGUUUACGUGAAGGGCAAUGAUGCUGUGAAGUUGAUGAACAUCGUCAACAAGCAGAAAGUUGCUCGUGCGCGGAUACAACACAGACCACCGAGGCAGCCCACGGAAUAUUUUGACAUGGGCAUCUUCCUGGCUUUCUUCGUGGUCGUGUCCCUGGUUUGCCUCAUUCUGCUCAUCAAGAUCAAGCUCAAGCAAAGGAGGAGCCAGAGCUCCAUGAACAGAAUGGCCAUCCAAGCUCUGGAAAAGAUGGAGACGAGAAAGUUCAAGGCGAAAGGAAAGGGCCAGCGUGAGAGCAGCUGUGGAGCCUCUGACUCCCUGAGCAGCAGCUCCACCUCCGACUGCGCCAUCUGCCUGGAGAAGUACAUCGACGGGGAGGAGCUGCGAGUUAUCCCCUGUGCUCACAGAUUUCAUAAGAAGUGUGUGGACCCCUGGCUUCUCCAACAUCACACCUGUCCUCACUGUAGACACAACAUCAUCGAGCAAAAGAAGGGUAAUCCAGGACCAGCUUGCAUGGACCCUGGCAACCCAGUCCACAGCCGGCAGCGGGUGGUGCUGCCGGUCCAUUACCCCGGCAGGGUGCACCGUGCAGGACAGGUGACAGCCUACCCCACCAGAACCAGCAUGGACCCCCACGGCAACCCCAUCACUGUACUUACUGUGGACCAGCACCCAGACCCUCAAGGUCUGUACCCAUCCCAAUCAACAUCUGCCUUUCUCAGGAGCUACCACCCCACCCUCCACCUGGACCACUCACUUAACCCCCACCACUGUGGAUUAGAGCAUCGCGGACCCCCAGCCUACCCUUCACAGCCACAUCACGCUGCUUUUAAGCGACCAAAAUUCCAUGGUCGUAACUUUUCCCGAGCCACCUGCUUCUCACAGUACGAGACUAUGUACCAGCACUACUAUUUUCAGGGCUUGACUUUCCCUCAGCAGCCUGAGGGGGGCCAGGGGCCUGCUAUGGCAGGACAGCUUAGUGGAGGGGCCCACAAGGGCCAUCACAGCAGGGCCUUUCAGCAGGGGCUGUUAUACCCCACAGUGGUACAUAUGGCCCCUGCCUCUUCUUCGAGGAUAGGUGAUGCCGGCAGCGCUUCUGGUCUGAGCUGUUACCAUGGCCAUCGCUCGGUGUGCAGUGGCUACCUUGCCGACUGUCCUGGUAGCGACAGUAGCAGCAGCAGCUCAGGCCAGUGCCACUGUUCCUCCAGUGACUCCAUGUUGGACUGUACUGAGGUCAGCAACCAGGGGGUGUACGGGAGCUGCUCGACCUUCCGCAGUUCGCUGAGCAGCGACUACGACCCGUACAUCUACCGGAGUAAGAGUCCGUGUAGGGUCUCCACGGGUGAGGCAGGGGCUGCGGCUUGCACCACAGUCCCUGCCGAGGACUCAUCAUCCCCUGCUCCCUUGGGACACGACUGCCUCCAGCGCCCAUCUGGAGCCUCAGGAUAUAAUUCGGGGGACCACCUCUCCAACUGCAGCUUGGAGCCCAACUACAGCAGUCACUCAUCACUGGAACCCAGGGAGAACAGCAACACUACCUCAGCCGGGGCUGCAGAAGCUACCGGAGUGGACAGGGGAGAGGGUGCACAGGAGGAGUCGGGGGAGCUCGGGGCUGCAGCCUGUAGCUGCUGCUUUGAGGUGCUUCCUCCAAAUAUGGAGUGCAAAGGGCAGGACUCGGACCAAGCUGGGCCUCUGACCACAGGACGCUUUCACAGGGGGCUGGACUUUCAGAGCUCCGCCUCCAAGAACUAUUUUGCUCCUGAGCACUUGUGCCCUUCCUCGGAGCAGGUAAGCUAUGAAAGGCUGCCCUGCUGCUUCUACAAAGAGAUGAAGGUCCACAGGGCCGCAGCAGGGCGUUUCACAGAGGACUAUGCGGUUAACGUGCAGUAUGCAGACUCGGAGUCCUGCUCUGGACAGGGCUGCUGCGAACUCAACCAGAGAAUACCCAUAAUUCCUGAGGACACAGACUGUGAAUUGAGCACAGGGGCAGAGACCCAAAGCAGCUCGUUGCCCGCCAGUGUCACAGUGGAGGCGGCGUCACGGACAGGGGAGCGGCAUGAGCCCAGGGAGGGGUACUUCUCCUCAGGACAGUUUAGAGGUCAGGCAUACCCUCAGGAGGAGGAAACACGGGCUUUGUUCCACCCUCAGCUCUCUGCAAGCCCAACUGUGUUGGGAAGCAGUCCUUCAAAAAACGACAGAGGUCUGGGUGUGUGAACUCGAGCUCAGAGAGAAAGGACUCAGUCAGAAGGACGUGUUUGGUACCGUAUCAGUCAGUCAAUCAUUGAAACCCUCAGCUGCCUUGUUCAAACCUAGCUCUCUGAGAGCUGAAUGUUAUCAUCUUAGAUUGUGUGGAUUUCUACUGAAAUGGCCUGUUAUUUCUAGAUAUACAGUGUAUCAAGUUCAUUCCUGUGGCCACUAACAUUUGAGCACCAAACAAGGUUACCAUAUUACUGGGGGGAAAAAAAGACCCCAUUUACACCUGGUAAUAAAAUCGGAUCUCUUUGUGGACCUCUUACCUUUAUAAGGCAAAGUCGUGUAAAUGCAUCGUGGUCGUAUAGAUUGCAGAUAAACCCCAACACAUCUCGAGGUACUCUGGCUCACAUUGUUUUUGGAUGGAAUGUAGGUGUAAAUGCAAUCUUUUUUAACGAGCUGGACUCCGUACCUAUGUUUUAAUUUUGCUCAGACCCCAGGUUUUUUCUGGAAGUACAAAGAUCUGAUAUGAAAACAUAAAGCCAAUUCUGAUAGUUUCUUACCGAGAUAACAGCUCUUGAUAUAGAUCACAUUUAAUUACCAGGUGUAAAUGGUUGAAAGUUAUAAUACUUUCAUGGAUGGAGGUUGGUUUUUUUUGCAUCUUUCUGCAGACCUUCUACAGCUAUUGAGGUUUAUCACCGAGUAAUCUGGACAAGAUACCUAGACUCCAUCUUUUGGUGCAACAUCCAGGAAUCUGAGAUUGGUCUCUACAAACACAAGAACACUUAAUUCACAAACAUAUACAUGUAUUUAUGCGCACAUGAACACUGACUGCCUAUAAAGCUUCUACCACCAACUCAAAUAGGUUGUACGGACAUAGCUAUACCAAAACAGAAAGACAUGAUUGUUUGUUUGUUUUCUUUUUCUAACAGCAGGGAAAUGGGUAUCUUAGUGUUUGUGACUCACACAUUUCUCUGAGGAGAAGAAGCUAUUACAGAAAAAAAUGCAUAGAAAUGUGAAUGCAAGGCUGACACUGGUCUAUCUUCAAUAUAAUACUGAAUUUGUUGUACGCAUUGCAUAAUGCUGUCCAGAAGUGGCCUACCUGUAUGAAAUGUGCCAGAGCAACAUUAAAGCCUUACGCUGAUUAAGCUAUUUGUAGCAAUAUGUAAAGACGCUGCACGGCUUUGGGUCUCACAUAGACUGAAGUGGACAGUGUCUCGGGGUCAGUAGAUUUCUUCAAAAGUAGAGUGAAGCACUCUACCUCUUGUUUGGAAGCCUUUAAAAAAGUAUUUUUUGCUGUCACUUAUCCAAUUUCCCUCGAUGUGGCGUGCUCUAUUAAAUAUCUAUUAAGGUUCUAGCAUGUAACAAAAGGCCAAAGGAAAGUAGCUGGAAAAGACUCAUUUUCAUAAGGGUUCCUUUUUGUACUGUGACUUUUUUUUUUUUUUUUUAUGAUGCAGUUAUACAUACCACAGUGUAUCCGUAUGAAUCAUAUCGUGCCAUGCAUAAUACAUACUCGCGAUAUCAAUGCUUGUCAUUCAUGCCUUUCUGUUUGUCCUGCAGACUGUUUUUAUACUGUUUCUAUGAAAUAUACACAUUCUGUUCACAGAGGAAAACCUUCUGAAAUAACCCUAUUUAUAAGUUAACCCAGUGCUGUAAUCAAGUGAGAAUCUAAUCUUGCCUUUUGCAUAGAGAUAUGUACCUACUGCAAAUAUAACAUUUUGGGGUACUUGAGUCACUAUUUAAUUUUUUUUUUCUAGCACUUAAGAAGAUUAAAAUGUGUACAAAAAUUAAUAUUUUUUAAUUUUUUUAAGAAUAUAAUUAUUUUGUCAUUACCAUUACAAAUGUUUAAAAACGGCUAGAAAUCAAUCUGUGUAUAUUUCUGUACCUGUAUAGCAAAACACAUUUCAUAAAUGGAAAUAUGUUCUCUGAAUAUUUAUUUACUAAUAUAUUUAUCUUUAAGCCAUGUCUUAUGUUCAGAGUGUAUGAACGUUGGAGUUCUUUGGUUGCUUUUUAUUUUGAAAAAAAUCACUAACAUGAGACUUUGUAUAUACAUGGUAAUUGCACACAAGACGAUUAAAUCUUCUCUGACCAAAAAACUGAUUUUAAAACUUUAGUACCAUACAGUUUUGUAAUUAAAAUGUACAAAGAUCUGUAAAAUAUACAGUUUUAUUCAAGUAA